UUAACAUUACACGUAAUAAUUUUCUCAAAGAAAAUAAAUAAUAAGAGACAUAUGUCUCCAUGUAUAUCUAUAUAAACAUCCAAGAAAGACCAUAUGCAUAUGAAUAAUAUAACCUUAAAUGCAGAAAAACCAGAGACUCUCACAACAAAGAGUUUAUUAGUCUGAUCUCAGUCGUCUGAUCACUUUCCACCAGCAAAUGAUGCCUUCAUCAUCAUCAUCAGCCACCGAUACUAUCACUAAGCCGUCGUCGUUGCCGUCGGUGGAGUCAGUGACAUGCGACACGUGCGGUUUCGCAGAAGAAUGCACGCUGGCUUAUAUCAACCGCGUCAAGGAACGGCACAAGGGACAAUGGCUUUGUGGGCUCUGCGCAGAGGCGGUUAAGGACGAGGUGGUUCGGUCCCCGACUAGAAUCUCCGUCGAGGAAGCUCUCCUCCGCCACACUACGUUCUGCCACCGUUUCCGUUCUGGGAGUCCAGACGAGGAUGAAGAUCCAAUAUCAGUCAUUGGAAGGAUUCUACGGCGGAGCCUCGACGGCUCUCCACGGAGGACCACCACGAGGUCGAGCUCGAGCGGGGCUUUUCCGGGGAUCGACGGCGUAGCCUCACAACGGUCGCUUCUCCGAGCUGACAGCUGUUUCCCGUCUCUCUCUCCUUGAUUAAAUCUGUUAAAUGUAAAUUUUUGCUUACUGUUUUUCUUUAAAUUUUAUUAAAUAAUGUUAUUUUGUAUUUAAUUACAUUUUAGAUGGAGAAGAAAGGGUUGGAAUCCGAGGAUGUAAUCUCCUAUGACGUUAGUCUUUCUUCAUAAGUGUGAGUUUAAUAAAAUGGUUUAUGAGCAAAGCUCAUAUUAUGCA